CAAAAUCCUGUUCAAUUGCUCAAACACACUCAUUUUUCUCUUUAUCUCUGUCUGUUUUAUUUAAAUGCAGAUCCAGAUCCUACUACUGAGUUUUACAUUCAUUCACUGGACGGUAAGGUCUGGUAUUUUGAUGCUAGUACGCCAGAAGAAAUGUCUGACUGGGUGAAAGCCAUCGAAGGACAGAUAAAGAAGAUUCUUGAGGAAUCUUUGCUGCCAAAAAGAAAUAGCUCAAACGAAGAAGCAAAAGCAAAGAUAAUUGCAAUGCAGGGGAAUGACCUGUGUGCCGACUGUGGGGCACCAAAUCCGGAAUGGGCCUCGUUGAAUCACGGGUGUCUAGUCUGUAUAGCUUGCUCUGGCAUGCAUAGAAAGCUAGGGUCGCACAUAUCGAAAAUAAGAGCACUUCACUUGGACGAAUGGAAGCCUGAGGUGGUAUCCGUUAUGACAGCAAUUGGUAAUGAAGUCUCGUGGACAAUAUUUGAAGCACGACUUCCACGGAAUAAGCCAAGCACUUCAUCCUCUGUUGAGGAAAGGGAGAGAUUCAUAAAAGCGAAGUACCUCGAGAAGGAAUUCAUUGCAGAAUUGCCUCCAAGCUCACUUUCUCUUUCAGCACGUAUAUUGGUCUCUGUUAAGAAUGAUGAUCCUAUUGAAUGCCUAAGACUCUUAGCUCAUGCCAGUCCAUCUAACGUUAACGAGGCUCACCCAGAGCACAAUGGAGGAUCAGCUUUACAUGUUGCAUGUAAUCUUGGACGUGUAGUAAUAGUCCAACUGUUAGUGUGGAACUCUGCAGAUGUUAAUAUGCUAGACAGUCAAAAG